GAGGCGGGUAAGCCUAAGGCCGCUGUGAAAGGAGGUUGACGGAGUCGGAGUGAGAGUGGCGGCAGCGGCGGUGAGUGAGGGAUUGCUAGUGUGGCUGUCUCAAUGGUGUCGUGGAUCAUCGCCAGGACUGUGGUCCUUGUGUUUGGUACCUUGUAUCCUGCUUACUAUUCGUACAAAGCCGUGAAAACCAAAAAUGUAAAGGAAUAUGUUCGUUGGAUGAUGUACUGGAUUGUAUUUGCCCUUUACACUGUACUUGAAACUUUUGCAGAUCUGAUGGUAUCUUGGCUUCCACUGUACUACGAACUUAAAGUGGCAUUUGUUAUCUGGUUGCUAUCCCCAUACACUCGAGGUGCAAGUUUACUUUACAGAAAGUUCCUGCAUCCUCUUCUAUCCUCACGUGAACGGGAAAUUGAUGACUAUAUUAGUCAAGCCAAAGAUCGAAGCUAUGAUACUAUGGUGAAGUUUGGAAAGCAAGGUCUAAACUUUGCUGCAACUGCUGCUGUGUCUGCUGCAGUGAAGAGUCAAGGUGCAAUCACAGAGAGACUGAGAAGUUUGAGUAUGCAUGAUUUAACAGCAAUACAAGGCGAUGAACCAGUGGGACAUCGCUCCAUCGAUGUUGCUGCAGAUACCAGAAGGAAGGUGAAACAUUUGAAAGAUGAUGCUAAUAGGAGUUUUAAUUUUGAUGAUGAUCUGGAUGGUAAGGCGCAGUCAGAGGAAGACCAUGAUGCUGCUCAUUCAGACGAUGAGAUUGCCAAACAGAAAUACCUCCGACGAUCACAGAGCCUUAAACUGAAACAGCGAGGCUAUCGUAAAGAGACCAGGUAUGGAUCGCUGAAACUGAGAAGUAAGAAGAGACCCCAAUGUAGUUAUAUCACUACAGGAUGAAGUGACUAUUUUGCUAAAGAUUUCUACUGAGUGUGACUUGACCUGAAUAUGUGCAGUUUGAUAUGUUAUAAAUACUUCAUUUUUUCAAAAAAAACUGCAAAUCUGUGGUUCCUACAUAUGUCUGUUCUUGACUGAUCCCUCUGAGUUAAACCAGUAGAUGCCACUUUCAUUGUAAUCAGUGGGCUCAAAAAGUAACGAACGUAACUGGUAGUUUAAAAAGAAUUAACAGGAAAAGUAGUCAUCAUUGAUCAACUUAACUUUUUGCAUGAAGUGUAAUCCUUAACAACGGGAACAUCACAAAGAAGAAGUGGACAGCUAAGAGACCAAGAUUGAUUAUUUCAAGGAGAAAAUAUGAAAUACUUGAAUCCUACAAAUACUUCCAGGUCUUAAAAGUAACUUGAAUUUGAGCUAUCUUUAAAGCAUCAAAGUCAGCAAAUAUUCCAAAUGUACUUUCUUCAAAGAAGUGCACACCUGACUCCGACCAUACUUAAAAUGUUUUCAGGAAUGAUUUGGUAACUUUCUGGGUUGAUAGUUGGAAUGUUGGUAUUUUGUGAUAUAUGCAUGUGUUACGGAUGGCACAUUUCCAAAGUUGUGCAUUUUUGAAGCCAAAAUGCAAAAUAUUUGGUAUUUUCAAAUACAAGUGUAUUGCACACUGACUGCAUGUUUUUAUAGUUUUGUAAAGUUUAAUGGUGCCUUCAUUUCAGUAAGGUCAGGAUAUGCUUAUGCUGUAAAUCCUUUAACAUUCUUGUUUUCUUAACUUCAUAUUUUUAAAUAUGAAAUAUAUUGAUGUAAUUUUAGAAUCAAGUACUUGGGGAAACUAUCGUGUGUCAUCUUGAAUGUGAAGUAUUCUCUGAAUUCUGCCAUUCAGGUAAAUGUUGACACAGUGUAAUAUAUGACUAUUUAUUUAUCAGGUUCUCAAAAUAGCAGAAGUUGCUGGUUGUCUUUUGAUGUCUAGAAUGCAGCUGAGCUGCAAUACAUGUACCAAUUAGUGCAAGACUCAAAGCUUUUAUUGUAAUAAAUCUACUUCUGAUAGUA